AUGACCACUCGCACGAUACUACACACAUUAAGGCGCUUCAUCGCCACUAGAGGCUGCCCAACAUGGAUAGUGUGCGAUAACGCUCAGUCAUUCAAAUCGAUCGCAGAAUGCUACUCAUCACUAUCCCCCCAAGCCAACAUCGAUAAAGAUAUAAAAUUUAUACCAAGUUUGAGCCCUUGGGGAAAUCAUAACCCUUCUGAAAGAAGCGGAAGCUAUUGUGAAUACUCGAGCAUAACGUAUAACACCGAUGAUCGAGACUAUCUUCCCCUACGACCAAUCGACUUUCUUUACCCAUACGCAAAUAGCUGGAUCCUAUCCAGAAGAGACAUCAGACGAAUGGACACCAGCCAAUGGAAAAUGGGCCAAGUCGUAGGUUCGCGUGAUGAUUUCAAACGAUCGGUACAAAUACGACUACCAUCCAGACGAAUAAUCACGAGACCCAACAAUAUGAUAUACAAAUUGAAAAUCCAAUCCGCAAAACCAUCUCAAGCGCAACCAACAAUCCCUACUCCAUCCCAUCAUCAAAUGGUGACAAGAUCAAAAGCCAGACAACAAACAAUGAAUGUAUUACUAUGUAUCACUCUUCUCUCCAGCAUCCAUUUCGCUAGACGGAGAAAACAAUACUCUAUGCAACUCACUGCGCACAGAAAGGAGUCGCAGUCGCAAAUUUACGAGUAG